AUGACCACAGCUAGCAAGCUAUUCAAUGACCUUAAUUUUGUGAUAGUUGUCGAAGAUGAGUCAGUACCUUGGGUAAAGACUCUCUGUGAGCGCCUUACGUCCAAUGCAGCCAAGAAGUACAUCCUACACAAAAAUACUCCCAACAACGCGAACCUUACGAGCGAGAAGCUCAUCAAACAAGAGAUGCUUUCGGUUUUUAAUGAGGAUAUCCAUGUGAUUGUUUCGAAGACUGCCGACUUUUGGUUCUACCGUGUAGCGGCGUUCGAUCUCCUCAUCCCUGUGGUUACACCAGACUGGGUGGAAGCUUGCAUUUCCACCAACCGUAUCACUCGAGCGAGUGGAUUCUCGCCGGAUCCACAGCAGGUUCUGAAGGGCUAUCAGAUAUACCUUUCCCGCCAUUCUUUCAAUACCAGCGAGUAUGCUUUUUACUCAGCUCUCAUCAACAUUUUGGGGGGUAUCUGCAUUGACUACUUAUCGAGCAGGGCGAGCCAUAUUGUCAGUACUGAUCCUCAAGAUCCGGCGAUUACUGCCGUGGCCAAUAUCAAGAAUCUCAACAUCAAAUAUGUUCUCCCGACGUGGAUCGUUCAGGUGUUCAUCGAAAGGCAAUGUCUGGAGGAAACUGGCCAUUUGUUGAGUCCAGAUGAUCACCCUGCCGACGUCAAGCUACAAGCACAAAAACUUUGGGAAGGCGUAGACGGCGAGGGGAUCAUUAUUUCUGACAAAUUUCUACGAAAUCACAAGUUCUUCCUGUCUCUCGAUCUAACGCUACCCUCACAAUGCUACAAAUUUUUUGUAAAUCUAAUACAAGCCGCGGGCGGUCAGGUAGCUCGUCACAUUGAGUCGUCUGAUAUCCGGAAAAGUGCUGGCGACUGUUUUGUGGGUCUGUCUAUAGAUUCAGAAGAACAUACCCAGGCAAUAGCAGAAAAACUUAUCAUUGGUAAUGUUGCUUGGGUAUUUUACAUGUGGUGUUGCAACAGCUUUGUUUUACCGAAUGAAAAGCUUCUUUUGUCUCCACUGCGACCUCGGCUGUUUCAAAAAGGAGAGCUUAUUGUCGGCUACACUGCGUAUUUGGGACAACAACGACAUUAUAUCCAAAAGCUUGUUGAAGCACUAGGAGGAGUAAGCACGACUGAAUUCACGAGAAAAAAUACUCACCUGGUGACGUGCUUCCCAUCCGGUCAAAAGUAUGACGCUGCUAUGCGAUGGAAAGAUACAUGCACGGUGGUCAACCAUCUAUGGUUGGAGGACUGUUAUAGGCUGCAACGUCAGGUGCCAUGCAAUGAUGCAAAAUACACACAUAUUCCCGUUUCUGGUGGGCUCAGCACCAGGUUAGGACAAAUGCCAAUGGAAGAGCACACGUGCGAAGACGAAGAUGUCACAGACACCAUAAUUCCCAACGACAUUUUAGAUAACUCUCCAGGGCAAGUUUCAGUGACCCCCGGCGAUAGCCUGUGCGAAAAUGCCGUCGAUGCGCCUAGUGAUGAUUCAAUACAAUUACAGAAUCAUUUUGACGAGGCUAUUGGCGAAGCUGGCUGCGGAAAAGGCACAGAGGACCAGGUCCCCCAAGGAUCCUUUUUAGUCCAGCAACAAAUUGACAGUGCAUUAGAUGAAAAUAACGACAGUAAUAAAAACCCUGGGCUUGCUCAAGGUCACUCUUUGCCCGAAAAAUCGAUUAUUACCAACGAGCUUACUGGAGAUGAACGACUACCACACGGAUCAGACACAAACAUACCGCACCAAGAUAUGUCUCAGCUUAACAAGAAUGACUCUCUUGCACCGUUAGAGACGGUCUUGUCGAAGGAAACUUCUCCCGAUAUCUCAUCUUCGCCUGCAUCGCAGUUGUUGUCAAGCGGUAAUUCUCGCCGUGCAAAAGAAAAAGCUGCUUUGAAGCUUCACACAGACAUGGAAGCCUUGAAUGAGUUUGAAGAAAAUUGGAAAAGGAAGAGAAACCGCUCGCUGCUUCCUGAAGAACUACAUAAGCUGAAACAGUUGAAAACGAUAGAAGAUAAAGUAAGAGAACUAUUAGAGAAUGCCACUUAUCCCGAGAAGAUCAAAGGCAAAAAAAGCAAGCGGCCCUAUGAUAUAGUUGCAGUUUGUACCGGAUGUCAUGAGGUGAUAAAUGACUUAGAUCUGGAACUACUGAGGAUGCUGGGGAUCACGAUUUUGAAGACUAUCAACGCUCAAUGCAAUUGUAUUAUCGCGCCAAAAAAAAUGAGAACCGCAAAAUUUCUAACAAGCCUUAGUUGCCAUCCGCUGAAGUACGCUCUGCUCCCAGAGUUUAUAAGUUCCAUUUUGUCAAUUUUCCAUGGCACCACCACUAGCGAAGGGCCGCUCCCGGAUCUACGCGAUUUUUCAAUCCCAGAACUUGAUUUCAGCGUCCUAGAGAAAACCAGCUUGCCUACAAAAGUAUUCCAGAGGGCAGGCAUAACUUCUAUCAACCUUACCGAUGAUGUACCGGGGGGACACGAAGUAUUGUCGUCAAUUUUGAAGGCUCAUGGGGUACUCCAAAUAAAAGUGCUAUCUAAGAAGUUUACGGAGGAAGACGUAGUGGUGAACAAGAGCAAAAGAAAAAGUCCUACCCAUAUUUUAAUAGCUCAGAAAGCCACACAAGCGAAAAGGUUUGGUAAAAUGUUUCAAAAUGAAGGGGAAAGUAAAGUUUUGGUGGUUGAAUGGAACUGGUGUGUGAAAAGCAUAUUCAACCUCGAAGCAGAUAUAGAAGAUCCCGAGUUCGUGGUCUACAAUAAUUAG